GCCGGCCAGACACCAUAGGGGUGUGCACAAAGGGGCAAGUAAAGCAACAAGAAAGGGCUACAACAUCCACUGAUUUACACCGCUUAUAAGACCAAUACCAAUCAAUCGUAACCAUGCGUGAAAUCGUGCACAUCCAGGCUGGCCAGUGCGGUAACCAAAUUGGAGCUAAAUUUUGGGAAGUCAUCAGUGAUGAACACGGAAUUGAUCCUACAGGCAGUUACCAUGGAGACAGUGAUUUGCAACUAGAAAGGAUCAACGUAUAUUACAAUGAAGCCACAGGUAACAAAUUUGUACCCCGUGCCAUCCUUGUGGAUUUGGAACCAGGCACAAUGGAUUCUGUCAGAUCUGGGCCAUUCGGGCAGAUUUUCAGACCAGACAACUUUGUCUUUGGUCAGAGUGGUGCUGGCAAUAACUGGGCCAAGGGUCAUUACACGGAAGGAGCUGAGCUGGUGGACUCUGUUCUGGAUGUGGUGAGAAAAGAAGCAGAGAGCUGUGACUGCCUACAAGGUUUUCAGUUGACCCAUUCUCUGGGUGGUGGCACAGGCUCCGGCAUGGGAACCCUGCUCAUCAGUAAGAUAAGGGAAGAGUACCCUGACCGAAUCAUGAAUACAUUCAGUGUGAUGCCAUCACCCAAAGUCUCAGACACUGUGGUUGAACCAUACAAUGCAACCCUUUCAGUUCAUCAGUUGGUGGAAAACACAGAUGAAACCUACUGCAUAGACAAUGAGGCCCUUUAUGAUAUCUGCUUCCGCACUUUAAAGUUAACCACACCAACAUAUGGUGAUCUUAAUCAUCUUGUAUCUGCCACAAUGAGUGGUGUAACAACCUGCCUUCGUUUCCCAGGCCAGCUUAAUGCUGAUUUACGCAAACUGGCUGUCAAUAUGGUGCCUUUCCCUCGACUGCACUUUUUUAUGCCAGGGUUUGCCCCAUUAACAAGUCGUGGCAGCCAGCAAUACCGAGCCCUGACGGUGCCAGAACUAACACAGCAAAUGUUCGAUUCCAAGAACAUGAUGGCGGCAUGUGAUCCACGUCAUGGACGCUACCUCACUGUGGCUGCUAUCUUCCGUGGAAGAAUGUCUAUGAAAGAAGUUGAUGAACAGAUGCUCAAUGUCCAGAACAAGAACAGCAGCUACUUUGUUGAAUGGAUUCCCAACAAUGUGAAGACCGCAGUAUGUGACAUUCCACCAAGAGGCCUCAAAAUGUCUGCAACCUUUAUCGGUAACAGCACUGCCAUUCAAGAGCUUUUCAAAAGAAUCUCUGAGCAGUUCACUGCUAUGUUCCGUCGCAAAGCUUUCUUGCACUGGUACACUGGCGAGGGCAUGGAUGAGAUGGAGUUCACAGAAGCUGAAAGCAACAUGAACGACUUGGUGUCAGAGUAUCAGCAGUACCAAGAUGCAACAGCUGAUGAGCAAGGCGAGUUUGAGGAAGAGGAAGGGGAAGAUGAAGCUUGAUGACAAAUGCAUCCUGGCAUUUUUAGAAAUCAAAAGGCACAGUUUUUAAAUAGCUAGAGCAUUUGCUCAGGAUUUUGUUCCAGUAUGUUUCUUCAUUUUCUAUUGUCAUUGAUACCACAAUCAAUUUUUUGUAACCUUUACAAAGUCAAAGUAACAGUUGUUGUUUUUAGCAUCUCUUCUAACUUUUACAAAAUGCCCAAACAUGAUUAGGAUGAUUGUAGAAGUGAUUUUGACCACUCUUAGAUGUUUUUGCCCAUUGGAUAAAAUCAUAAAAGUAUUUGUGCUCA